CACGUAAACCGAACUUACACAACACUUCAACGAUACAAAAAUAUCGAAACUCUCCAAGAACUUUAUAGUAGUGGAACAACGUUGCAUACUUCACCUAAUGUUAAAGAGCUGAUAAGGCAAGUUAUUGACCCCAAAGAGAAAUUACAAGUAGAUUUCUUGAACCGAGCCCAGAUGUCAACGGGAAUGAAACUAGAUUUCCUAAUAGACAACCCUAAAGUGACGACGCUUGACAGAAAAAACGAUGUUGCAAUGCAAAUACUCGAACACUACAAGGACAGUCAGGGAAAACCUAUGAUUAAUAUCGUUGAAGAAUGUUUUAGAACCUACUUCGUAUCUUACAUCGCCAGAUCAGGAUUUCCAUUCUUCGAGAACGUUCGUGAAUUUAUAGAACGAAUGCAAGGGGCAGGAUUGCCCGCAAUGUACUAUACUUGGACCCAACGCAUGCUUGGGAUACCAGGAUGGAGUAUGAAAAACCCCCAGGAAGCGCGUCCUUUCGCUGAAACAUCAUUGGAUAACCUUCGGAUCUCUUAUGCAAUACUGUUCUGCGGUUAUUUUUUGUCGACCAUAUUGUUUAUCGUUGAACUAUGGAAAGGCAGGCGAGCACGUAUUCAAAGAAGAAAGGUCUUAAAACGUAAACUUGCGAGGAAACAUUUGCGUAACGCAUUUUAGGCAUCAAUAUUGUCACCAGCACCUAACGGCUCUAGCACUUUUUUAGGUACGAUGAAGAUAAAUUACUUAUUGUGAAAAAUGUUUUCCAGCAUCUAGCCAUUUACUAUGAAUAAAACUUAUUUGUGUGUAUAAUGUGUUUAAUUUUCUUUUCAUACAACAUUAAUCAACCUGCAAAACGCGAAAUACAUAAUACAUUUGCGCUAAUGAUUGCUAAACACUAUAUGAUAGAGCAAAAGGUUUUUAAUUUUUUACUAUUAGAAGUGACCUUGCCCAUUCUGUCUUCUCAGAUAAAUCUUUCAUUCCCACAAACUUAAAGCGAACUUUACACAACCUGCUCUUUCCACAAUACCUGACCACUAAGGUAACGUUCAAUCAGUACUUCCCACCAGUUAUAAGUCGCUUAGUGACCCGUGGAUAAAACUUACUAUCUU